GCCACACACAAAACACUCACAAUUCAACCCGGCCCUCUCCCUCUCCUCCAAACGCACCCUCCGCCCCGUUGUGCCCUCUUGUAGUCGCACUCCAAGGCUUCCCGUCGACGGGAGUUCGCCGGAAUCUUCUCUGGCGGCGAUAUUAUCGCCGGAAAGUUCUUUACGGAUUCCGCACACUCAGUUUGUCGCCGACUAUGUUAUCGUCCGUGGAGAAUCUGUAAUUGCAUUUGCACUUGAAGUUCCUCCGCUGGAGAUCUGGAGGAAGAGUGAGGAACUGAGAGAUGUACGUAGUUCCACCUCCAAAAGGGGCCGAUCCACUCUCUGGAUCCACCAAUGGGUCGGACGAUUGGCGGAUUUACCAAACUUGGAAGGGAAGCAAUAGAUUUUUUCUUCAAGGAAGGUUUAUAUUUGGACCGGAUGCAAGAUCGCUAGUGCUGACCAUUUUCCUUAUAGUAGCUCCUGUUGCAGUUUUCUGUGUCUUUGUUGGUAGAAAGCUGUCAGAUGAUUUUCCAGAUGACUGGGGAAUCUCAAUUAUGGUUGUUGCAGUGGUGUUCACUUUUUAUGUUUUGGUUCUUCUCCUUCUAACUUCCGGAAGAGAUCCAGGAAUUGUUCCUCGAAACGCACACCCGCCAGAACCAAAAGAUUUUGAUGGAAAUGCUGCCGAAGGCGGUGGACAAACCCCACAGUUACGUCUACCACGUAUCAAAGAAGUUGAGGUUAAUGGUGCUACCGUGAAGGUUAAAUAUUGUGAUACCUGUAUGCUCUACCGACCUCCACGAUGUUCUCAUUGUUCAAUAUGCAACAACUGCGUUGAAAGAUUUGACCACCACUGCCCUUGGGUCGGGCAGUGUAUUGGGCUGAGAAACUACCGGUUCUUUUUCAUGUUUGUCUUCUCUACCACACUUCUGUGUAUAUAUGUGUUUGGUUUCUGUUGGGUCUACAUUAGAAGGAUAAUGGGUGCGGAAGAAACCACGAUCUGGAAGGCAAUGAUCAAGACUCCAGCUUCUAUUGUCCUAAUUGCUUACACCUUUAUUGCAGUGUGGUUUGUCGGUGGUCUUACUGCCUUUCAUUUAUACCUCAUAAGCACAAAUCAGACAACAUAUGAGAAUUUCAGAUACCGGUAUGACCGGCGAGUCAACCCAUACAACAAAGGAGUGGUACAGAACUUCAUAGAGAUAUUCUUUGCCUCUAUCCCUCCUUCGAAGAAUGACUUCAGGGCAAAGGUUCAGAGGGAGCCCGCAAUACCCGCCCGGCAUGCGCCCGGCGCGGGAUUCGUUAGCCCGAACAUGGGCAAGGCCGUGGAUGACAUAGAAAUGGGGAGGAAAGCAGUGUGGGGUGGCAGCGGCGACAUUGGGGCCCACGAAGGUGGAGGCGAAGACAACAACGAUGUGCUGAACAUGAAGGAGAUAAGAACAACCGUUGACGAAGGGGAUCGGGCGGCAGCAAUGCAUCCGCGGCGGUCCAGCUGGGGGAGGAAAAGUGGGAGCUGGGAAAUGUCACCUGAAGUUCUGGCUUUGGCAUCCAGAGGAACCGGAGAACCGAACCGGGUGCGGGGCCCCGGCAUCGGAAGCAGCAGUGGCGGCUUGAGUGCGGCGAAACUGUGAUCGACCCUUGGGUGGGGCCCACUCGUGCCGAAGGAUUAUCUCUCUCUCUGCCCAUUGGAUCUUCUAUUUAGCGAUGUUUUGAUCUGGCUGUUGGUUAUUGUUGUUGUGGCAACUGGCAAGUGCUUGCUUGAUCCUUUGUUUGUUCUCUGUAUUUUAUUUUGUGUCAAAGUAGUUUCUUUCUUUCUGCCUUGUUCUCUUCCCCCACCCACGGUUAGUUGUAUGCACUUUAGACUUGGAGUGAUGGAUUUGCUUGCUUCUCAAAUAUUGGUGUCUCAAAUUAUUUGUGAUGAUUUAUGAAAUGACAGUAACUUAUGUCAUUGUUCAGUUUGAUUUUUUUAAGUUAAAUAAGAUAAACUUUAAUAAAAAAUAAUUUAGGUGGAUUUAU